AUGGAGAGGCAUCGCCCCGUUCACGCUUUGCCCGAGGAGAUCCUCAAGAUGCCUCGGGAUGAGACAGUGUGUAAGUACUGUGGGGUCAGCUACCUGAUCCUUCAUGAAUUCAAAAUGAUGCAAGAAAAAGUCCAAGCCAUGGAAAAGGAGAUCCAAGUGUAUGAGGGAAGCCUGGAACGGGAGAAGGGACUCCAGGCAGAGCUGCAGUCCCUUUACCAAGGCCUGGAGCACUACCGAGCUGACAGCCAAGCCAAAGCAGAGAGGCUGAAAAACCUCUCAGUGGAACUGAGAAAGAAGCAAGAUGAAUUAAGAAACAUGAAAGAAGAGUUGAGGUAUUUCCAAGAGGAGAAGGAAGCUGCCUACAGUCAAUCACAAGUGCUCAGGAACACUCUGGAGCACCACUGCUCAGCUCUGAAGAAGGCUGUCUCCCUCUUCACUUUGAUUAGAAGUGAGCUAGACAGUCUGAAAGAGGCCAUCUGCACUAACCUGGAGAGCUGGGCUGCCAUGAAAGAAGAACUCUUCCUGCAGAUCAAAACCUUCAGCAAAGAAGCUUUGGCAGACAUCCCCAAACUGAAUCACCAAUUAGCAGAAGCUCAGAGAGAGAACGAAAGCCUCCGAGAGAAGGUGAAGCAGCUCACGCUGGUGGCUGACACAGUUGAGCUGAAAAGCCAACAGCUUCAAACUUCACUGCAGCAAGGCAAGGAGCUCCAAAGCAGGUGCCAUGAGCUGCAGAAGGAAACCUUAGAUCUGACAAACCAAGUGGAGACAACUGGGCUGAAGCUGCAGAAGGUAACAGCUGAGCUGGAGCACUACAAGAAGCUCUUCAAGGUGAAAUCAGCAGAACUUGAUGCCUGUCAGAAUGAGCUGAAAAAGGUGAAACAUGAAAGUGGAAUCUCUGAGUCAAGGCUUACAAAAGAGCUGAAGGGAAAGGAGGACUCUCUCCUAGCUUGCCAACAGCUGUGCAAACACUUCCAGGAUGAGGUGGCUGAGAAAGAAAGGAAGGAAGAAGAUCUGAGAAGGAGAAUUGGUCGGUCUGAAAGUGAGCUGGAAGGACUUAAAGCUCUUCUUCAACAAGCAGAGGAAGAGGUGGUGGUGUUGAAACAAGAAAGGGAGUUAAUGCUGCUUUCUCAUCAGAACAGAACUGAGCAGCUGCAGGACUCCUUGAGGCAGAAGCUGAGGAGUGAGGAUACCUGGAGGGAGAAGGUGGAGAUGGAGCUGGCCAAAGGUGAGGCACGACACAUAGAAGAGAUUCUGCAAGUCAAGGAGGAAGCCAGGGUGGAACUGGAGCUUGAGAGACAAAAGCAGCAAGGACUCAUCACAAAAUACCAGAGGGACCAUGAGGAGCUCCAGAAGAAGAUACCAGGACUAAUAUCCAGUGCCACCAACAGCUUAAGGAUGGAGACAGAAAUUCUGGAGAAGAAGCUCCGAGAGGCCCAGAUGAGGCUGGUAGAGAAAGAUGAAGAUAAGGAAAAAGAAAUUCAGAGCCUUAAAAGAAGAGUUACUGAGCUUGAGUUUCAGCUGACCAUGGAAAAGAACAGCAGUGACUCACUGCUGGGGAACAUGAGGAAAGAAAUUCAGCACAAGGCAGAGGAACUGGAAAAAUUAACCCAGGAGAGGACUCAGCUGAUUCACAACUUGAGUCAAGUUCAAGAGGAGAGCUGCCUGCUGCAGGAGACGGUGCGCAGGGAGUGCCAGGAGCGCUGCGAGCUGACUGCAGCUCUGAGUCAAGCCCGGGAGCAAGUGCUGCAGCUCAAGAAGCUGAGUGGAAACUUCUCCUGCUGCUCCUCCUCCCCGCGGCCCCUGGCCCGGGGCAGCCCAGGCUGUCCUGCCGCCCCUGCCCGGCCCCGCGCCCGCCCCGGCCCCGCCGCGCCCCCGCCGCGCUCCGCGCUCCCAGCAGCUUCCGGAGCCCCUGGGAAGUGCCACAGCAGCCUGACCCUGCCGGCUCUGAGCCCAGCACAGACUGCCAGGGCAAGAACCACCUCUCUGCAGCAGCACAGGAGCAGGAGGCUGCUGGCCCAGCCGGCUCUGGUGGCGUCCUGCACGCACACGGCCUGA